AUGUCUUCUUCGGGUGAAUUCAGUCAAUCUGUCUUUUCGAUGUGCACAUUCAAUCCAUUCGGGGAGCUACUGCAGGUGGACUAUGCCAACAACUGUGCCAGGAAGGGUGAGCCGGCUGUGGGCGUUGUGACCCUAGACGGCGUGGUGUUGGCCACCCAGAAGAGGUUUAAAAUGAAAUAUGCCAUCGGCGAUUCGGUGGAGAAGGUGCAACAAAUCGGCCCCACCACGGGCAUAACCUUUUCAGGCCUGUUUCCCGACUUUCGUAUCGUCACCAAGCUGUUCCGCAAGACGGUUUCAGAAUUCGAGCUCCUUCACGGCGGCUCAUGGCAUAUGGAGUGUCUAAUGCAAUCCCUGACCGCUUCCAUGCAGCAGCUGACCCAGACGACAGGAGUGCGUCCCUUCGGCUUAUUCGUGCUGCUCGCCGGCUGGGAUGAUGAUGAACACGGCCAGCUCUACUUCCUGGAUUCCGCUGGCAGCCAUACGCCCUACAAGGCCUGCGCCGCCGGCAGGCAAAUGGAGGAGCGCACGCUCUUCCUGGACAAGCACUUCAAGAAGUCCAUGGAUGCCGAAGACGGAGUAUCGUUGGCAGUCCAGGCCCUAACGGGCCCAAAGGACUUGACCCCCGAUCAGAUUGAGGUGGCAGUUGUCGAGGACUAUGGGAUGUAUCGUAUUCAUGAGGAGACCAUUGCCAGAUAUAUUUAAAAUACCAGUGGGGCUGCUGGGGAACGGUGGAAAUGAAACAUAGCACAAUUCACAAUGCGAUUUGAACAGAGGGGGCGAAACAUUUAUAUUACAAUUCACGGGA